AACGAACUCUAUACCCCUGCUUCCGGUACGCACGAAGUAGAAGAGACUUCUGCACACCCUCCUUCUGUUCAAUUUCCCGCCUUUUUCACUCUAACACCAGAUAUCAAAUCGAAAUUGUGUUCAGCUGUCAGCAUUUCAGUAUUCUCAUAAUUUAAUGUGUUUUUAGUGUAAUUUUUAAGUGGGGUUUAACAUGUUUUGAUCUUUAAUAGUAUUGACACACUUGAAAGUUAAAAAAUUUGGUGUUAUUUGCUCAAUCAUGAAUGAAAAAGAGGCAAAAAGUCAGAGGCUGAUGUUGAUAUCAAAAUGGAGAAAUUCGUCACGAAGGUCGUUAUCUCGUGAAAGGCCUAAGUCACCAGAUAUUCCUCCAGAUCCUCCAACUAAGAAUGCUCAACGAAAUUCAAAGACCAGAGAAUAUCUCAUUCCAAUUGCAAAUGAAUCAACAGGUUUAAUCGAGAUGCAACCUUUGUUGAUUGUUGAUGAUAACAAGUCUUCUACCAAAAUUAGUGAAGAUAAAGAAAACAAACUAUUAACACAUGACGAUUUGCAGCUAUAUGUGCAAUCAGAUAUCACAAAAGUUGAAUCAGUUCCAAACAACAAUACCACAGUUGAUAAUAAUGUUAAUCAGCUUGAAGCUACUACUGAUCUCAAGGAUAAUAAUAAAGAAAUGUCACCAGUCUUGGAGGUUCAAGACUUGAAUCUCCCAUUUGCCAUUGGAGAUUUAGUCUGGGCCUAUAUUUCUGGAUAUCCCCUUUGGCCUUCGCUUAUUACUCCAGAUCCUGGGGAAUCUAUCUACACAAAAACCAGGAUAACUGGAAAGACAGAAAGCAGGUUAUAUCAUGUUGAAUUCUAUGGGGAUAAUGGGUCACGAAGCUGGCUAUCUGCCAAUGUGUUGUUUCCUUUUAAAGGUGGUGUGGAAGAGUUAUUGAAAGACAAAAAUGGCUUUUUGAAACAUGUUCAGUCCAAAAGCAAAAUCUUCAAGUCCCUUCAACAGGCCAUCAAAAGUGGUAGGAAAAAUUGGCAGUUGGCUGUGGACGAAGCGAAACAGGCUGUGUCUUUAUCAAGGAAUGAACGUUUGGUGUUAUUCAGAAAACUUCUUCAAUCCAAAGAAGAAGAGCAAAUUCAACGAAAAAGAAAAUCUGUAGAUCAAAAUGUGGACAGAAAACCUAAGCGUCGUCGCCAGAGCAAAGAAAGCUCGGAGGACUCCGUUUCCUUAGAAGAUCAGCAAUCAACAGUUUCGAAUGAACAUAUCCAGACGUUGAGUGAUGUCAGUGAGCAAUCGGAAGAUAUUCCUCAAGUGGAAGACAAUAAGCAAACAGAGGUGUCUGUUCCAGAAGAUGUGAGUAAAGAGGUAGCGAAGAAACGUGACAAGGAAAUGCGUACGGAAGUUUGCGAGUGUUGCGGAUCUCGAGAAGGUCAAACCAUGCCAUGCAACAAGUGUCGGUCAGUUUAUCAUCCCGAAUGUAUCAAAGAGAACUCGGAGGAAGCUUCAAAUGCCGAAACCUUUUUAUGCCUAAAUUGCAAUCCGUCUACCAACUCAAAUUGCUGCCUUUGCCGGAAAUCGGAUGGCGAGUUGCUUAUUUGCAAUUUAAAGCUGUGUGGUCGACGUUAUCAUCGCCAUUGUUUGAAACUCUUCCACUCGCCAAGCAUAAAGCAAGAAAAGCCAGCUUCUCAGUUCUCAUGCCCAGCACAUUACUGCCACACUUGCGUUGCAGAUUUAAAUGAACUGAAUCAGGUAGAGAAGAAAUUGUUGCGCUGCAUUCACUGUCCAACUGCCUAUCAUCAAAGUGAAAAAUGUUUGGCGGCUGGCUGUGUUCAACUGUCCACUUUUCAGAUGAAGUGUUUUAAGCAUGUGGAAAAUCGCGAUGUUGUUAAGAAAACCAAGAAGGAGAAAAAGACGAUUAUACCUAAUCAUUACAAUGUAAAUUGGUGCAUCGUUUGUUCCGAAGGUGGAAGUCUUAUAUGCUGCGAACGUUGUCCUUCGUCGCUUCACACUCAUUGUGCCGGAUUGGAAAAAGAGCCAGAUGGAUCGUUUAUCUGCUAUGAAUGCACAUCUGGCAAGACCAUCCUCUACGGAGACAUCGUUUGGAUUAAAAUGAGCAUCUAUAGAUGGUGGCCAGGCAGAGUUUUCCCCUUGGAUGAAAUUCCGCCUAAACAUCAGAAAUAUCAGCCAAAGGCAGGCGAGUUCUUGGUCUAUUUCUACGGCAGCAACAACAGCGCUUAUGUGUAUCGUGGCCAAGUAUUCCUCUAUCAGGACGGAGACCAAGGAUGUAAAGUGAAAAGUAAGAACAAAUUAGGUGAUGACUUCAAACGAGCCUUAGAAGAUGUUACUCCUGCUUUUCAGCUACGUAAACAAGUACUGGUUGAAAGAACAGCCGAGCGUCAAGCGAAGAUUAAUGUAAAACCACCACAUUACAACAAAAUCCGCAGUAACAAACCAGUGGGUAAAGUUCGUAUGCAAGAUUCUAGCCCUUUCUCGUCCGCUAUAUGUGACUGUGAAGUUAUAGAAGGGCAACCAACGUGUGGACCGGAUUCAGAGUGUAUCAACAGAAUAUUGUUGUUUGAAUGUGACCCGAAUGUUUGCGCUGGUCGGAAAUUGUGCCAGAACCAGCGUUUCCAGCAACGUCUUUCGCCUCCUCUCUACCCGUUCAAUACUGGAGGAAAAGGCUGGGGGCUUAAAUCCCAUGCUGACAUAAAGAAAGGCGAUUUCGUCGUAGAGUACGUUGGAGAAAUCAUCGAUAACAACGAAUUCCGGCGCCGUCUCAAAGCCAAACAAGACGCGCAAGAUGAAGCUUAUUAUUUCCUGACGUUGGAUAACAACCGAAUGAUUGACGCUGGACCCAGCGGAAAUUUCGCUCGUUUUAUGAAUCAUUCGUGUCAGCCCAACUGCGAAACACAAAAAUGGACCGUUUUGGGUGAUACCCGAAUCGGACUCUUUGCUGUGGUUGACAUUCCUGCCCAUGCAGAGCUAACCUUCAAUUAUCAGUUAGAAUGCGCUCAAGAUGUCGCGAAUGAGAGCAAUCAAAGGCAGCAGCCUUGUCACUGUGGAGCUCCAAAUUGCGCUGGAUUUAUUGGUGCCAAACCCAAACAAUUGAAGGUGGAAAAGGUUAAAGUAGUAAAAGGCAAAAAGAAAAAACAGCAACGGAAACUGGAAAAGGAAACAGUGUCUGAGGAUUUUUGCUUCCGCUGUACCGAAGGCGGUGAAUUGGUGGUAUGUGAUUUCAAGAAUUGCAGUAAAGUUUAUCAUCUUGAAUGUCUUAAAUUGUCCGCUCCACCAAAAGGUCAAUGGACGUGUCCUUGGCAUCACUGCGAUGUUUGUGGUCGCAAAGCCUCCCAGUUUUGUAGCGUUUGUCCCAACUCUCUCUGUUCGACUCAUGCCCUAGAAGUGGACAUGCAAUCUCACGACCAGCUUGGUUUAAUCUGUAAUGAGCAUUCUCAAGAAGAAACGGAAUUUUUUCUCAAGCGUCGGCUGGAAGAAGAUGCUGCGACUGUGGUGACUACAUCGCCGGAACCUUCUAGUUCCCUCAGUGAGACAAGUAGCUGUUGAUUAAGCUUUAUUUAAUAUGAUAAUGCAUUUAUUUAGAUUUCAUCCAUCGCUCUCUUUUUUAUCGAUGAUGCUAGUAAAUAUGCUGAAUACAUAGUUGCCACUGGGUCUUCAACAGAGAUAUAAUCUAAAUUCUGCCCUUUUGCUGUUUUGACUUCCUGAGCCAUAAAAUUGUUUUUUUUUUCCAUUUUCUUACUCAGUGCUUUGCUAUAUUGACGAUAAUUAUAUCAUCGUAUUUGUGCAUAAAUUUUGAACCGGAUAUUACUAAAUAAAAUACAAAGAAAACAAAGAUA